CUUCACUUUGCAAGAAUGAUUUCCAGGAUUGUUAUUGGAAAUGGUGUGGACAUUGGCAAAUCUGUGUAGCUGUGGAAGAAACUUACUUUAAAGAUGUGGUUUGUUAAAGUUGGAGAUAAAGUGAAUCAAUUUGAUAAUAUUUGUGAAGUACAAAGUGAUAAAGCUUCUGUCACCAUUACUAGCAGAUAUGAUGGAGUAAUUGUUAAAAUUUAUUAUGAAGUAGAUGAGAUUGCUAGAGUUGGACAACCUUUAGUUGAUAUUGAAUUAUCUGAAGAACCAUCAGUUAUAUCAAUUGCAAACACUGUGGAACAAGUUGAUGAAGUUCAAGAUCAAGAUGUAACUACUAUUUCAGAACAUUUUGAUUUGCCGGCUAAGUUAACUUCUUCAGAUAAAAUUCUAACAACUCCUGCUGUCCGUCGUUUGGCAAUGGAAAAUAAAAUAAAAUUAAGUGAAGUAAAAGGAAGUGGUAAAGAUGGAAGAAUAUUAAAAGAAGAUGUUUUAAAAUAUAUUGAAUCAUUAAAAGAAACACCUUCAGCACGAUCAGUUCUAGAAACACCAAAAGUUCAUCCAAUUGUACAAAAGUCUGUACCUGUAAUUUCCCCCUCAUCUAAAAUUGAGAAACAAGACAGAAUAGAACCAAUUAAAGGUUUUAAGAAAGCAAUGGUAAAAACUAUGAGUCAUGCAUUACAAAUACCUCAUUUUGGAUACUGUGAUGAAAUUAAUGUCACUAACUUGGUUAAUGUAAGAAAUUCUAUAAAGAAAUCACUUGAAAAGCAAGGAGUAAAAUUUUCUUAUAUGCCAUUUUUUAUUAAAGUAACAUCAUUGGCAUUACAACAGUUUCCAAUUUUAAAUGCAUCAAUUGACGAAAAAUGUGAAAAUAUUAUAUAUAAGGCUUCUCAUAACAUAGGUGUAGCAAUGGAUACAAAUCAAGGAUUAAUUGUGCCUAAUGUAAAAAAUGUACAAAAUUUAAAUCUCUUGCAAGUUGCUUCUGAAGUAAAUCGUCUUCAAGAACUUGGCUUGAAAGGACAAUUAGGAACCUCUGAUCUUGGUGGUGGAACAUUUACAUUGUCAAACAUAGGAACUUUAGGUGGAACAUACACAAAACCUGUCAUUUUACCACCAGAAGUAGCUAUAGGAGCCAUUGGAAAAAUUCAAGUAAGCAGUUUUUAAUUUUAAAAACAUUAUGAGAUGUUUGUAUUCAGCUAAAAAUAACAUAUUGAUUAAUCUUUUUUAUUUUAUGAAAGAUAUAUAUACAUUGGAUUAUUCAAAAAGUAAAGGCAAUAUAUUCAAUAACUUUUUAAGACUGUUUUAUUUUCUACUGUAGAUUAUGUUUUAGCAUUUUAUCCUGUUGAAUGAAGGUCUUUUUAUUUAGAAAAAUUUAUAUCAUUAUGUGCUAAAUGCUAUUUUUUCAGUUUUAAUGCUUUCUGUUUAUUUUUUUAUCUUCAAAAGCAAUAUAAUACUGUAAUGGGCAUAGACAUAUGCUAUAUAACAAUAAUUCAUAAGAUAUUUGUGUUUAACUAGAACUCAUUCCUUUAUUUCCCAAAAAUUGAAAAUGAAUCUAUCUCUGUGGAGCUCAUAUUCAGGGAAUUUCAUUCUGUUCAAUUAGGGAUUAUCAUCAUAAUCUAAAAUUUAAUAUUAAUUCACUUUACUUUGUUAUAAAUUAAAUGAAAAAAAUAAAAAUAAAGUGUAUUUUAAACAAAGAAUGCAGUCUCUCGGUAUGAAUUGUGAUGGUUUAAAUGUGAUUGACUAUCUGCAUAUGCUCAUAAAUUCUGUAUUAAUAAAAUAUCAUAAUUAAAUUGCCCUUCUAUAAGAACUGUCUGGAUGUAUUACUGGAACACUCAAAUUUCUACAUAUCAACAGUAAUGAUGAGUUUUUGACAUAUACUGGCACCUUAUGAAAGUUAGUUGUUGUUAAUCAUUAUUGCUUAUUUGAACUAAAACGUUUUAAUCCAAGCCUAAAACAUUUUUCAAGUAAAAAUAAUCUUGAAGAUUCUCAUUAGAUGGCUGAUAGACCUGUAAUGGUCUUUGGAAGUAAGCACAGAGUUACUAUGGAGAACUUAUUAUAUAGGAACACAGUUGAUUGGUUAUGUAGACUAUAUUAUAUAAAAAGGAUAUACAUUUUGGGCUAUUCACCCCUGUUAUAUUCUAUUCACCAUUAUUAUACAUAUCUGAUAAAACUGAAAUAAUGUAUAUAUUGGUAACAGCUGAAAUAACAAAUUUUUU